AUGGUUGCAGAAUCAUGGUUUCGCAGUCUGUGGAAAGCACCUCGGAAGCAUGAAGCAAAUUCCGAGAAGGUGGUCAUUGAAGUAUUAGCAUUUGAAAUAGCAAGUUUGAUGUCUAAGCUUGUUAAUUUAUGGCAGUCUCUGAGUGAUAAACAGAUUGUUAAAUUGAGGGAGGAAAUCACAAAUUCGGUGGGCAUAAGAAAGCUUGUCUCAGAUGAUGAUCAUUUCAUUGAACGUUUAAUCUGUUUGGAGAUACUUGAGAAUAUGGCACACGUGGCUGAGUCUGUGGCUAGGCUUGCUAAGAAAUGCAGCGAACCAAUUUUGAAAGGUUUUGGAAACGCCUUUUAUGAAUUUAUUACUACAGCCAUUGAUCCAUAUGGGUGGGUAUUCACUGGCAAGAAAAUGGAGAAAAAGAUUAAAAGGAUGGAAAAGUUUAUAUCAACUAAUGCAAGUUUGUAUCAAGAGAUGGAAGUGCUUGCUGAUCUUGAGCAAACUUUUACAAGAGUGAAGGCUAAUGGUGAAUUUGAUGGUGUAACUUUAAUGGAGUAUCAGAAGAAAGUUUCAUGGAAGAGGCAGGAGGUAAAGCACUUACAAGAUAUUUCUUUGUGGAACAGGACAUAUGACUACACAAUGCUUCUUUUAGCAAGGUCCUUAUUCACAAUAUUCUGCAAGAUCAACCAUGUAUUUGGAAUUCAAGAGAUGGUGGAUGUUGGUGGAACUAAUAAUUCAAGUGUCAUGAAUACAGAUUUCGUUUAUAGAAGUCAAUCGGUUUCGACAUUAUUGCAAUCUUCUUGCAAUCCAUCACAGAAUAGUGUUGCCAGAUUUUCUUCAGGACCCCUUAAUGCCAUUACUGCCAGAUCAGGUCCAAUUGGUAGAACAACAAAUAAAACAAGCAUUUCUCAUUCGGGUCCUCUUGGUGACUCAUCCACGAAGUCAGGGCCCAUUUUAGGAAAGUAUACAAGUGUCAAUUUUUACUCAGGUCCUCUUGGAAGGAAAUUGAAUCAAUCGGUACCUCUCACUGGAAAAAAUAAAAAGAGCAAGAUUUGGAGGUUUUAUGGACACUCUACUGCCAUAAGUGGAAAGGAAGCUCCCACAAGACCCAGUCGACUGACUCAAGUAGGACCUUUUAAAGGAUGUAUGGCUUGGGAUAAUUCCUUAUUCACUGACUGCCAGUCAAGUGCAAAUGAUGUUCAUUAUGGAAUUCAGAAUCACAAAGAUGUUAAUUCAAAUCCUCUUGGUCCUGGAAAAGUUGUUCAUCAUACUCAAUCAAUCUUCAAACCUCUCUGCAAACUAUUAAAUCCUCCACCAGAAACGCUGGGUGCUGCUGCUCUAGCACUGCACUAUGCAAAUGUUAUUAUUGUAAUUGAGAAGCUAGCAGCUUCUUCACACUUGAUUGGUCUGGAUGCAAGAGAUGACCUGUACAACAUGUUACCGAGACGUGUCAGAGCUGCCCUUAAAACCAAGUUAAAGCCAUUUACCAAGACCAUGGCAUCGCCAUCAUCAAUCUAUGACCCAAGUCUAGCAGAAGAAUGGAAUGAUGCAAUGUCAAGCAUACUGGAAUGGCUGGCACCACUUGCUCAUAACAUGAUAAGAUGGCAGUCUGAGAGAAGUUAUGAGCAGCAGAGCUUUGUUUCCCGGACAAAUGUGCUGCUGGUACAGACCCUUUACUUUGCAAAUCAAGAAAAGACAGAAGAAGUGAUCACUGAGCUUCUAGUUGGUCUGAAUUAUGUCUGGAAAUACGGCAGGGAGCUUAAUGCGAAAGCUCUGGCAGAGUGUGGCAGUUUUAGGGUAGACAGUGAAUAUCCUGAUCUGAAUGGAUAA